AUGUUCUGGUACGAUUAUGGCUGUUAUACUGGCCAGGACUGCGUACGCCAGACCCAUGGCAACUGUAAUGUCUGUCACAAGUAUCGGGUGGACAACGAGUGCGACAGUAGGCAGGUGAACGCCAUCGGUAUAUGUCACCCGCUCUGCUCUAAGGCUGUCGACCCCCGAAAGGAAGACGGAGAGAUGGACGCAAGUUACUAUCAGCGCAUGGACAAGUUGCACUGA